GAGUACUGGUAGAGAUGAUGGUCAUGAUUAGUAGUAGUACUGGUAGUGAUGAUAUCAUGAUCAAUUUGAUCAUGAUUUGUAGUAUCUGAAUUAGUGCAUGAUUUGUAGUAGCAGUAGUAUUGGUUUGUAGUAUCUGAACUAGUGUUAUUAUACUGAUUGGAUGGGUAGAGAGAUUUAUGGGAGUGAGCCAAUUGGGAUUGUAAUAGUUGCAGUGAAGAGUUUUAAUCUUGUUCUUAUACAUACUCUGAUGUGACAACUGAAAUUUAUGAGCAUAUGAUGGUAUUAAUUUAUGAUUACUACUAUUUUACCAACUAAGCAUUUGGUCUUUUUAUAAGUACAAUAGCCUUGUUCUCUCCUCCAUCGUCACUCUAGUAUGUCAUAGGCAAUUAUUAUCAUAAUUGAGCAAAUCUUUCAGGAGAUGGAACUGAAACAGUGUGUGAAUUCAACUUUGUGUUUGGAGAAAAAGCCCAAGUUAGUUGUGGGACUUAAGGGUUCAACAUCUAAUAUUUUUGUAGACAAUGCAGCUUAUAGGGACUUCCUUUUCCAAACAUUUCAGGUUUCAUCUUCAGGCAUGGAAAGUUUUGCUAUGGUUAUGACAAGCUUGUCCAAUGGAUUCCCUGUGCUUGUAAGUAGAGGAUUUUCUAAUAUAGCUAGUGGAUAAGAAGGAACAAAUUAAUACCAUUGAGUUGUUUGGUUCUCUUGCAGCUCUUAAUACAGCCAACUCUGUAAUGUACUAUUAUUGUUACUAUCAUAUUACUAUUAUUGUUGAUUAUAUAUUUCCUUUUGCAGACAAGCUUGUCCAAUAAUAAUAUCAUGUUACUAUUAUUGUUGAUUAUAUAUUUUG